AUGUCCGAUGAAAACGACGAAAAAGUACUAUUCAAACCUGAAAUCCUCUCCACCGUCAAAGUCCACGCUGGUUAUUUGCACAGAAUCAAGCACUAUUCGCCGUGCAACAAGUGUCACAUGACGUUUGCGAUAUACAUUCCAUCCGACGAAGAUGAUUUCCCCGUCGGAAACGGAAACGCGAGGAAAAUGCCACUCAUCCUCUACCUGAGCGGAUUAACGUGCGACGACACCAACGUCUCGCAAAAAGGCAACGCGUUUGAAACGUGCAAACAAUCUGGAGUGUGCUUCGUAAUGCCGGACACGUCACCGAGAGGUCACGAAAAAAUUGACGAGGAAGAAUCCGCCUCGUGGGAUUUCGGCAUAGGCGCUGGAUUUUACGUGAACGCGACGACGAAAGGGUACGCGGAGCAUUACAACAUGGAGACGUACGCGACGAAAGAACUGGAACAAGUGUGUAAAUCUAUCGAUUGUAUAAACGAUAAAGUGGAUUUUAACAGGCAGAGCAUUAUGGGUCACUCUAUGGGCGGUCACGGGGCGUUGACCUUGGCGUUGAGGAAUCCGGGGAAGUACCGGUCCGUUUCGGCGUUUGCGCCAAUCGCGAACCCGUCCGCGAAGGAUUGUCCGUGGGGGCAAAAAGCGUUUAAAGGGUAUUUGAAGGAUGAGAACGAGUGGAAGAUGCACGAUGCGACGGAGUUGGUGAAAAUGAUGGAACCUGGGACGAUGAAAACAGUGACGAAGGCGAUUUUGAUCGAUCAAGGCGACGCAGAUACUUUUUACAAGACGCAGUUACAUCCGGAACGGUUCCAAGAGGCGGCGGAGAAGAAUACGAAAGGGUUCAUGAAGUAUAACGUGAGAGAAGGAUACGACCACAGUUACUGGUUCAUAUCGACGUUCAUGCAUGACCACGUGGCUUUUCACGCGAUAAAGUUGUUGAGUACGUAA